AUGAUUUCGUCAUCACCUUCACCUCUUUGUCUCAUGCCGUCACUGUCACGACUCACGUCCCUUUCCUCACAACAGUUCGAUCAGGCUGUGACCAGUCUGUUCAAAAAGGCCAAAACCAUUGGCUUUAUCCCAAGUGAAACCUUUCAAAAAGAGCUACGAUUGACGCUUCCUCUCUCCUUUCGCUCAUCUAUUUUUUCUGAAAUAGUUGAAAAAGCAGCUAAUUGCUCCAAUGUGAAUGAAUGGUGUGAACAAGCACACACUGUUAUUGAACGAGAAAUGAAUCGUUUGAAGAAGGAAUUACAGAAUGAUGAUGAUGGAUAUUCCACAAAAUAUAAUCAAACAACGUUCAGCUCCAGUUCUUUCUCUGCAAGAAUGGAUGAUUUGAGUAAAAUUCCAAACACUUCAAAUCCUUCAUUACAGCCAAAUGUUGAAGACACGUCUUCAUUAAUGCCUCUAGAGGUGAUUUUUGAGUGCCAGUCCAACUUUGUCUAUUCAGAAAUGAAACGCUUACAGCAAGAGCUAUCGGACCUUGAGAAGGCCACUCAUCUCGUCCUUCAACACCAACUUCAACUCUUCCGUGAAGGAUAUUUACAAUCACUAUUCGGAACCGCCCAAGUAGCACAAAAGAAAAUCAAUCCCGAAGAUCGAAUCAUGUUCAAAGACUCCAUGAUCCAUGAGAUUUGUCCCAAAGGCAUACAAAUCUCCUUCCAUCCCAACCACGUUUCGUUUCAAAAUUUACAUUUUUUUCAAGUGAAUUCGGUUAAGAUCGUUCAACCACCACAACCGAACGUACCCGAAUUGUCGACCAAAGAGCGGUCCAACGUUUUUAUAUUCACCAAUUAUUUCCGUUAUGUCAUGAAAAAAGAAACGCAUUCAUUGAAUUCCAUGAUUUAUCUCCAAGAAGAGGUGAUUGAAGAAGGUCUCAAGAAGGUGGAAUCCGAAAUGAUUGGUAUGAGACAUCACAUUGAAGAAAUGAAACCUCAAGUGAAAAUGUUGACCAGUCGAUUCAUUCCUCGUGGAUUCAUCUUUUGGGGUCCUCCUGGAACUGGUAAGACAACAGUUGUGAAACAUUUGUGUGAAGAAUGGACGGUCAAACAAGUGUGCAUGUCCUUGGCAAGUGGAGAUUUCAAACAGGGUCUUCAAGGAGAUUCUGAAAAGAUGAUUCGACAUUUGGGGGAACGUGCAAAUGCAUUACCUUGGAUGUUGUGUGCGGUGGUCAUUGAUGAAAUUGAUGCUUUGGCUCAAUCUCGUGAAGGUCAUAAUGGUGAAAAGGGAGAUGUCAAUGUAUUGAGUGUCUUGCUUAGUAUGAUUGGUGGAAUGAACGACAUUCCAAAUUUAAUCUUUUUUGGAAGUACUAAUUUGUAUCACAUGAUGGAUGCUGCGUUUUUAAGAAGAAUGGAUGCCAAGUUUUUCAUUGGAAAACCAUCUUUCCAAGCAAGAGAGGACUGGAUUCACAAGUUUGAAGAUAGUCUUUACUUGGAUCCUCAAGAAAAGCAGGACAUCAUUAACAAGAUGAAAAUAAUGACUCUAAAUUUUUCACACGAUGCCAUGCACAAGUUGUUGAAAAUGAUUGAAGUGAAUAGAAAGUAUGACUCUCCGAAUCGACCUCUUACUUUGAAGGAUGUGACUCGUUACAUCCAGAAUAUCUGUAAAAUGUAUGACAUUUACUUUGGAACGUAUCGAAUGACCGACUUAGCCAAUGGUAUGUCUCAAAUGGAGAGGAAUUCACGUCUACAAUCAGUACUCAUGCAGUUUUAUAAGAUUGCUCACUCGGUCAAUAAUCAUCUCAGAACCAGCUUUACUGGAAGAAUAUGGAUUGACUUGAGACCACACAUUGGUGGUAUUCAAUUGGAAUAUUCAUCUCGAAAUUCCUUCUUGUCUGAUGAAGAGAUUGAGUUGUUGAAUAGAAAGACUGUCUAUGCCACUGGUAUCCAAAAUCAUGUGAUUGAUGAUCUUUAUGGUUUACUGAACAUUCUUCACAAACAUGAAGAAAACAGGAAAGAAACAAGCCAAUAUACCAGACGCAGGCUUUACUCACUGAUGGAACAUGCUGCCAAAGAUCUGAUCACUCUCUUUUCUACCCGGGUGGAAGUGGAGGUUGAUAAAAAUCAAACCCAAAGUAAGGUCUGUGAGAGAAUGUUGCACAGUUUAAACAUUACUUCAACAAGUGUCGUUGAAUUUUUGAAAAAUCAAAGCUUUCCAUACUUGCAUGUCGAUGCGACGGAGUCUUUACGAAACAAGUCCAUCGAAAUUAUUGACGAAAUUAAGAAGCAAAUUAUUGCGUCGAUGGACAGCAACGUCCAUGAAAAAGGAAUUACUUUUGUGGAUAUGACCACAGGUAAUGAUAAUGAAGGCUUCACCAUUCAAGAGGUCAUUCAAAUGAUUUUAGGAUUUGGUGUUCAUUCCAAUAUGGACGCUGUGUAUUUGAUGGAUGCCAACACAUUCUAUGCCAAUAAUUUAACAGAUGAAUCGCAAAUUCUUCGUUUCAUUGAGUCUACUGUGACCGAAUGUCGAGAGUAUCAUCGAAGUAUGAUGAUUCUGGAUUUAGACUCGAUUGCAGAGGUGACCAAAGAAUUUACUGGCCUUAAAGAACACGAGACAACAGCAGCAAACUCCUCAUUGUCGGCCUUUUCACCAUCCUUUAGUUAUCGAAUGUUGAGAAAUGAAACCGUGUACAGAAUUUUCCGAUUGAUUCAUUCCAUCACGCAGACUAACAUCUCACCCAAACUUUGGUUCACCAUUCUCUCGUCCGAUCAAUACCUUAUUGAUUUGUUUAAAAACAAGUGUCGUUGGCCCGAAUGUGCAGAAGAACUCGAGAAGGUUCAACAGUUUGAAAAGGCCAAUGAAAAGAAGCCUCUCACAUGCAAGAAUUGCAGAAAACAAUUCUUUGAGGAUGAGAAUGAGGAAUCAAGUUGCCGUUAUCACACCAAAGACACUCUGUAUUUUGAGCAUGAAAAACGUAUAGUGGAGGAAUUGUUUAUGAACAAUAUCAAGGAAACAGCCAAACAGUACGAGAAGGACAAUGAGAAAUUGAGAGAUUUCCUCAAGACCAUGAGAACGGAAUAUGAGCGAAAGAUUCCUCUCUACAAAAAGUCUGAAAUUGAAACCAUGAUGGCAUCCACAUUCGUUAAUGUUUCCGAGUUGAGAUGGUCAUGUUGCGGAAGAGGUUAUUACGAUGGUGGAGAGAUUGAAACCAAACAUGAAUGUUUGAAUGAAAGGCAUCAUCAUUAUCACGACCUCAAGAAGCUUCUCCAUUAA